AUGCUGAGCUCUCGACUUUCUACCUUGCAGCAGCACACCGCGAAGGCUCUGUUCCACGCUUCGCGCACGGCGGGACGCGUGUUUGGCACGCAGCCCCUGCGCGGCAAGGAGGCGACGAACACAUUCUCGCCCAAGUACGAGGUGAUUGACCACACGUACGACGCGGUUGUGCUGGGAGCCGGUGGUGCUGGCCUGCGGGCGGUGAUGGGUCUGGCCGAGGCCGGAUUCAAGACUGCGUGUGUGACCAAGCUGUUCCCGACGCGCUCGCACACAGUGGCAGCGCAGGGCGGUAUUAACGCGGCGCUGGGCAACAUGACCAAGGACGACUGGCGCUGGCACAUGUACGACACGGUCAAGGGCAGUGACUGGCUGGGCGACCAGGACGCGAUCCACUACAUGUGUCGCGAGGCACCGAAGGCGGUGAUUGAGCUGGAGCACAUGGGUCUGCCGUUCUCGCGUACGCCUGAGGGCACGAUCUACCAGCGGCCGUUCGGCGGGCAGUCGCUCGAGUACGGCAAGGGCGGACAGGCGCGGCGCACGUGCUGCGCAGCGGACCGCACCGGGCAUGCGAUGCUGCACACAAUGUACGGUAACUCGCUCAAGUACGAUGCGACGUUCUUUGUCGAGUACUUUGGACUGGAUCUGCUGAUGGAGGACGGAGUGUGCCGCGGAGUGCUGGCGCUGAACCAGGAGGACGGUACGCUGCACCGCAUCCGUGCGCACAACACGGUCAUUGCCACCGGAGGCUACGGCCGUGCGUACUUCUCGGCCACGUCGGCGCACACCUGCACUGGUGACGGCAUGGCGAUGGUGUCGCGUGCUGGUCUGCCGCUGCAGGACCUGGAGUUUGUGCAGUUCCACCCGACCGGCAUCUACGGGUCUGGGUGCCUGAUGACGGAAGGCUGCCGCGGUGAAGGCGGCUACCUGGUCAACUCUGAGGGCGAGCGGUUCAUGGAGCGCUACGCGCCGACGGCUAAGGAUCUUGCAUCGCGUGAUGUUGUGUCGCGGUCGAUGACGAUGGAGAUCCGCGAGGGCCGCGGUGUUGGCCCCGAGAAGGACCACAUCUACCUGCAGCUGCACCACCUGCCGCCUGAUGUGCUGGCGGAGCGGCUUCCGGGCAUCUCCGAGACGGCCGGUAUCUUUGCGGGAGUCGACGUAACCAAGGAGCCGAUCCCGGUGCUGCCCACCGUGCACUACAACAUGGGCGGUAUUCCGACGCGCUACACAGGUGAGGUUGUGCGCCUGGCGGCGGACGGCUCGGACGAGGUUGUGCCUGGGCUGUACGCGGCGGGUGAGGCGGCGUCGGUGUCGGUUCAUGGGGCGAACCGCCUGGGAGCCAACUCGCUGCUGGACCUGGUUGUGUUUGGCCGUGCGGUGUCGCACGACAUUGCAUCCAAGUUUGAGCGCAAUGUGCCGCACAAGGACAUGGAUGCGUCGGUCACGCACCAGUCGAUCAAGGACCUCGACUACGCGCGGACUGCGGACGGCGAGCACACGACGGCGGAGGUGCGUCUGAAGAUGCAGAAGACGAUGCAGAACCAUGCGGCGGUGUUCCGCACGCAGGACGUCAUGGAGGAGGGUGUGGAGAAGAUGACUGAGGUGUCGCAGCUGUACAACAAGGUGCGUGUGUCUGAUCGGUCGCUGAUCUGGAACUCGGAUCUGAUCGAGACGCUUGAGCUGCGCAAUCUGCUGACGUGCGCGACGCAGACCAUCAACUCGGCGGUGGCGCGCAAGGAGUCGCGUGGUGCGCAUGCGCGCGAGGACUUCCCUGAGCGCGACGACAAGGAGUGGAUGAAGCACACGCUGUCGUACCAGACGGAAGUGGACCGCCCGGUCGAGCUCAAGUACCGUGGGGUGAUGGCCAACACUCUGGAUGAGAACGAGUGCAAGGCAGUGCCGCCAUUCAAGCGUGUUUACUAGAAACCAGACUCCAGCCUUUCUUUCGAAUAUGUCAAGCUACAACAAAAAAAAAUCGCAAACAGCAUUUCAUGGCAGAUGGAUGGGGAUUGGGAUGGUAUUGUUUGAAGAGGGAGAGGUGUUAGUUUGAGCCGCCGCGCAGGGCCAGUACCAGGU